UUUAACCAACACAACCACAAGAAAUUCUCCCAGUCAACCAAUCAACGCCUUCUUAUUCUUAUUAGGUACAUAGAUUCCCACUCACCCAUUUGACCCACCCGCGCUUUCUUAUCGGUCUCUAGUCUCUACUAUUCAACAUUUAUAUUUCAAACUAUUCUACACUCUUAAGGUACUUCCAGUUGGUUCCAAGGCAAAAAUGUCUAAGUGCUUCAGCUUCACCGAAUCAAAGAACUGGUGCUAUCGAUCCUCGUUCACCAAAUCGGGGCUCCGAUCCACCAUCACCGACCUCAAAGACGGCACCGUAAUGCACUGCUGGGUCCCAAAGACCCACAAAGAGUCCGAGCCCAACCUGCUGCUCAUCCACGGCCUAGGAGCCAACGCAUUGUGGCAAUGGGCUGACCUCAUCCGACACGUCACCCCUUACUUCAACGUGUACGUCCCCGACCUCGUGUUCUUCGGAGACUCGUUCACGACUCGGCCUGAGCGGAGCGAGUCGUUCCAGGCCGAGUGCGUGAUGCGAGUCAUGGAGGCCAACUCGGUGAGGAAGCUGAGCCUGGUGGGCCUCAGUUACGGUGGGUUUGUCGGGUAUAGCAUGGCGGCGCAGUUUAAGGAGGUGGUGGAGAGGGUGGUGCUAUGCUGCGCCGGCGUGUGCAUGGAAGAGAAGGACCUGAGGAAUGGUGUUUUCAGGGUCUCGGAUUUGGAAGAGGCUGUUAGGAUAUUGGUGCCUCAGACGCCUGAGAAGCUCAAGGAGUUGAUGGGCUACACUCUGUUCAGACCUCAUCCUUUUGGAUUCAUGCCCUCUUGCUUGCUCACUGAUUUCAUUGAUGCAAUGUGCGCCGAAUAUGUAGAGGAGAGGAGGGACUUGGUCCGAGCUAUUCCCAAAGACCGGAAACUUGUAAACCUUCCUAAAAUAUCUCAGCCUACGCUGAUAAUAUGGGGAGACCAUGAUCAAAUAUUCCCAUUGGAACUGGGUCAAAGAUUAAAAACGCAUUUGGGGGAUAAUGCUCAACUAGUAGUCAUCAAGAAUGUAGGGCACGCCGUCAGUGUAGAGAAGCCCAAAGAGUUCUACAAGCACUUGAAAUCCUUUCUGGUUGAUUUGCAAUUCCCACUAAGUCCAACGAGUCCACCUCCCAAGGAUCAAAAUAAAAAAAGGAGUUAAGAUGGGGGCUAGAACAAGAAUACAUUUUAAACCUUUUAUUCCACUUUACAAUUCUUAACAAGUUUUUUUCUUUUCUUUAUUUCUUUUUUUUCAUUUUUCACUUUAACAAGUCUUUUACCAGGGAAAUAAUGUAACUUUUUCACCGACUUAUACCCCAUUUUCAGCAGUAUAAGAAUUUAUAGUUCCACAAAUAUUAGUCAUUACUUAGUUUCA